AUGGACGAAGGAAGCAUACUGCUGACAGCAGCAGCGCUGCUCCUGAAUGCUUCUGAGCCGCACACGAGGGCGAUACAAAUACCUCGAGGCAGGUUUAACCUAAUGGGACAAACGGAUACCAUGUGUGAGUUCCAUUUCCGGUUGGGCAAAGCGGAGAUUGAACUGCUUGUGGCGUUGCUUGAGAUACCCGACCCGAUGAUCACACCCCACCGCUAUAAUGCCAGUGCUGUGGAGGCUCUCUGCAUUCUGCUCAACCGUUUGGCGUGGCCUCACCGCCUCGGGACCAUGGUCUUGCUCUUUGGCCGCAGCCGAGAAGCUCUCUCGGUACUUUCAAACGGAGUCAUGUGCCACAUCUACGAUCGCUUCAAGCAUCUACUCCGUUGGGACAAAGACCGCCUUGACGCAUCAUGGAUGGAGAAAUGUGCUUCAGCCAUACACGACAGUGGGGCCCCUCUCGAUUGCUGCAUCGGUUUCAUUGAUGGCACGGUCCGUGGCAUUUGCCGUCCCGGUAAAGGUGUCCAAAAGACAGCAUACAAUGGCCACAAGAGAAAGCAUGCAUUGAAGUUCCAAUCAAUCACAACCCCUGAUGGCAUCAUCGUCCAUUUAUAUGGCCCUGAACCAGGGUCCCGACACGAUGCGUACUUCCUUGAGAGAAGCGGAAUUCUUGCCAUUUUGUCGGACGUGCUGGUGACUGACACGAAGCGAUAUGUCAUUUACGGGGAUCCGGCGUAUGGUGCGAACGAUGUCACUGUUUGCGGCUACAAAGGGGCGCGCCUGGACCAAUAUCAGUCAGCGUUCAACAGUCGCAUGAGUGCUGUUCGUAUCAUGCAGGUGGUCAAAAACUGUGGGGGCAAGCCGUCGGUAUGCAGUUUGUUGUUGCUGUUAUUUUGA